AUGAUGACCCCAGAGUCAAAGAGAGUAAAAAGUUUACAGGUUGAAGAAAGACAAUAUCAGUUGUCACCUGGUCUUAAACUUCUGAAUGGAAAUCCCAUAACACCUGGAUCAUCUUUGAAAGGUAUUAAGGAACUGAAAAGAACACCUCCAAGAAAUACGUGUACCCCUUCACCAAAUCAUGGUAGAUGUGACCAACUCCCACAUGAUGAAAAUUUUGACCCUGAUGAGGAACUUACUGGUGAACUUUGGUAUGUGAACCUGAAAACCCCAAUGGAAGAACCACAACAAAAACUUAGUUUUGAGCCUGUUGAUUUUGCCAAGGUUGUAGAUGGCAAGAUUCCAAGUGGAAAUUCAUUGGCUCGAUCCCCAGUGAGAAUGUCUCAAGAAGAGUUUUGCCCUCGAACUCCUGGAAAUACUGAUUUUGAAGUUCGGGAAGUUGUAAUUGAACCUGGGUCCAGAAUACCAAGAACUCCUUUACAUUAUUCUGGACGACCCAGUGCUGCAUGUGACUUGGUGAUUCAUUAUUCUAAAAUUAAAGCCAGGGACAGUACAAGCAAUAGCAAUAAAAAAGAAGAAUCCAAAUCACCAAAAAUCAAGAAACCACGAAAGAGAUCUAUGUCUUCAAACAGCAUUCCAGUAAGUGAGGAUGACCAUGUAACAGUGACUGGCGAAUUUAAAACUAAACCUAAAUUAUCACGCACUCCUCUCAAACGCCUUUCAAUGCAACCCAAUGAAAAGCCAGUCCAAGAACUUCAAAUUAUUGAUGAAAAUGAACUAGAUUGUCAUUCAGGUUGUCCAAAUCAAAUUAUUGAUAAACAUGUGGUUGACAAGUCUCUUCCAAUGGCUGAAUCCCAUGAUAUCUUUAAGCCUUCAAAAAAACUGGCAAGGUCACCUAAUCCACCUACAAAAACUCGUAAUCAGAAUAGUAACAAUAACCAUGCCAGUUCUGAUAAGGUUGACACUGUGUCUGUCUGUGCUGAUCUGCCAGAACAUUUAAAAUGUGACUCUAAACAAGUGUCUAUGAGUACUGAUUCAGAGGCUGUACCUUUAUGCAUUAAUGCAACUCCAGAAACCAAGCUGCGUGGUAAGACUGCAAAGGUUAGUCAAGUUAAUAGCUCAUCAAAGAUUCCUCGACUUUCACCUAAAGGAAAUAUUCAAAGUGAACCUGACUUAAAAACCAAUACUCAAAGUAUUGUACAAACUGAUAGCCUUGACCAAAUGAAUAUUGAACAUUGUGAUAGUGAUAAGUCACAUAAACUGUUGAAUGAGAAAAAUCAAGAAAAAUUAAAUUUAAAUCUGAAGUCUUCUGAACCAAAGGGUCUUAAUGUUGAUGUAUCAAAUGAUGAAACAAUGAGACCAUUAUUAUCGCCAGCAAUCAAGGUUCGUAAACCAGUUAAAAAUAUGAUACCAAAGGGAAAAUCCCUGAUGAGGACUCCACCUAGUGGUAAAUAUCCUAGAGAUGAAGGUGAAGGCACAUCCAUUGCUCCCAGUGUCUCCCCUGUGGAAGAGGAUAUUGUAGUACCUGAAGACCCUGAUGCAAUAUUUUUGGCUCAACUUCGUAACAAUGACCCUUUACCUAACAAGAAAAAGAAACCAUUUUUAAAAUCUAAUAAAUCCAAAAUAGUGAAUAAUAAACUUAAGAAGCCAGCGGUAAUGAAUACCAACGCAAUAGACUGUAAAUCACCUGCAGAAACAAAACUUUUGAAUAAGACUGAAACGGAACUACAUAAAAAAGAUAAUAAGUUGACCUAUGUGGUGUCUAAAUCUGUUAGGACAGAAAAGGACAAUAUGAUAUCAAUAAGCAUCAACAAAUUUCAAAAAUGUGAACCUGCUACAUCAAAUGUUAGUAGUAAUACUCUUGCCAAACCAGCUGCAAAUAAUUCUAGAAAGUUAACAUAUGUUGUUCAGCCUAAACCUAUUUCCAAAGAAUGUGAUGAAUCCAUUCAAGAAAGUGACAAUUCCUUAUUGUGCUUGGAUGAAUUAUGUGAUAAAUCCUUGAAUCUUUGUGAUAGCCUUUUUAAUGAAGCAUUUGAAAGGAAAAACUCUGCAAACACAAACUCAAAAUCAACUGCUGUUCCUUCAUUUGAUUCUAUGAUUUGUCCUUCCAGUCCCCAAAACGAUUUUUUCCCAGUGGAAAAUAUUUUAUUAGGUGAUACGCCAUCACAGAGUGUUCCUAAGUCUAAAGCUGUUUUAAAUGAAACAAUCGAAAUAGAAGCAAAAUCAGAGAGUGAUGAAGAAUUUGUUGAUGCAUCUGAAGACUUUGAACUUGAUAAUCAGGAAAAUAGAAUUUCAACAUCACCUAUUAAUAGAACAUUUGAAGUUUCCACACCAUUAUCAAAAGCAAACUCGACUUUUGAUUUAGAAUCAAAACACAAUGGAACUUUUGAUAUUGAAAAUGAUGAUAAAGCAGCAAACCAAACAUUUGAUGUAGAUAUGUCUCCAGUACAUUAUAAUGAAGCUCCUAUAAAAAAUGACACCUUUGACCUUGGUAAACCACUCAAUACAACUUUUGACAUGGAGGUUGAUGAUGCUAUUCCACAGAUUGUUCUAAAUUUAACCUAUGAUGGGAACCUACCAGUAAAGUGUAACAAGGAGACCGAAUCUCCAAAUCAAACAUUAGAAAAUACUGCAAGUACAGUAGUUGAAAACAUUACUCCUAAUAAGACUAUUGAAACCUCCUCUGUAUGUCAAACUCAAGAUGAUGUAUCUAUCCAUACUGAAUCAGUUUCACAGCAAACAAAAGACAAGAGCUCUGCCAGUUGUAAGUCCAAUUCAACCAGUUCAGAUGGCAGAGAGUUUUCAUCAAAUUCAUUGAAUUCAUCAAGUAUUGAUCAUGAAUUUUCUGGUCAGGCCCAUGGAACUGCUGUAAAGAAUGAGGAAUCCAAUAUAGAAAUGGAAAGAGUAUAUCAAGAUUCAGAAAAUAGCCAGAGUAAAGUAGAUAAGGUUGAUCAUACAUAUGUUGAGCCUGAAGGUCUUAAAGUAGAAAAACCAAAGAAGGCAGUUAAAGGAGGUAGAAAGGCUAAAGUCAAGGUGGAAACUAGUGUUCUUGAAUUGAAUUCAGAUCAAGAUUCAUGUCAUGAAGAUAAUGAAGAUACUGUACAUGCAUGUGACCAAGAAGAUAUUCCAAAGCAGAGAUCUUAUAAGAAAAGAGGAAAGAAGGAUGCUGAGACAGAGCAGUCGGUUCAGCCUUCAGGGGGAGAAGAAGUAAACCAUGUGGCACCAGCAAAAAGAAGGGGAAGGAAACCAAAAACAAAAGACCCUGAGCAUUCAUCCAAACAAGAAGAAACAGAAACAAUUCAGAAAAUCAAAAGAGGUAGAAAAGCAAAAGUAAAAAACCAAGAAGAGUCAUCAGAACAAGAAGAAACAGAUUCAAUUCAGAAAGCCAUGAGGGGUAGACAACCAAAAGCCAAAGACCAAGAACAGUCAUCAGAACAUAAAGAUCCAGAAUCAAUACUGAGAAAUGACACUGAAGAAUCAAAUGAAGAAAUUGGGAAAAUCACUACUAGGAGAGGCAGAAAACCUAAAGCCAUAGUGUGUACUGAAAAGAAUUUGGGAAAUGAUAUUAAGGCAUUUCAAGCAGAGAUCAACGUCACUGAAGAGGAGACUGGGUGUCCAAAAAAGGCAAGAUGUAACAAGCCUGUGGCCAAUGAUCGUGAAAAACAAUAUAAAGAGGUUUCAAAUCAAGCAGACAAUUCGAACCAAACAACAGCAAUACAAGAGAAAAAGUCACAGAAUUUGCAUGUUGAAGCAAAUAAUUGUUUGAAUGAAGAUCACAAAGAGGAAGAAAUGCCAACUGCAGUUGAUCAUGAGAAAACAAAUGAACAGCCAAUUUCUAACAAGCUGGCCCUCAAAGACGAAUUCAUCAAAAACAUAAAACCUAUCGAAGUUUCAAGAAGGCAUCUACCAAGACGAAAUCAAAAGAUUAUUUCAUAUGCUGAAAGUCCAAAUGUGGAAGUAGGAAUUCAACAGGACAUUUUAAAGAAGAAUAAUAACACAGAUGUAUGUACCAGCAACAAUAGUUUACAGAAUCAGGGUAUGGAAGUAGAGCAAGCAUCUGAUGCAUCCAAAGCAAUUGAAGCAUCAGAUGUAGUCAUCAGAAGAAAACCUGCACCAAGAUCAAAAUUGCUUUCUUUAAGGGCAAGUUUUGGAUUUGUAAGAGAGAGUCAAGUUGCCAAAGCUAAAGAUGAACUUGUAAUUCCCACAGAUACUCAGUUAAAGAAAGAAAUGAAGGACAAAUACGAAGAACCACUUCAAAAUGAUGAAACGAAAGCAGAACCUGUUUUAUCAGAAUUGACAGACAAAGUAAGUGACAUUUCCAUUCAUUCACCAACAAAGAAACUAGCUAAACCCAAGAGAAUGACAAGACAAACCAGUAAAUCAAAGAUUAAAACCAGCCAGGAGGUAGAAAAAUCAGGUGAACGAAAGAAAGAUGAUGAACCUCAGGAGAAACCUGCCAUAAAAACAAGAAGAGCCAUGCUAAGAACCAAGAAAUUUGCGGGGUCUUAUGAUGAAGAUAAGGUAAUCACAAAAGAAAAUUGUAAGAUUUCUGAAACAAGCUCCGAAAGAGUAUCUGAAAAAAUGUUAGAUGAAAACACCAAAGAGACUGAAGAUGUGCAGCCUCAAGCAAUUGAUACUGCACCACAGUCAAGAAGUAUAAAACAACUACCAAGAGGAAGAAAGAUUCCAACUUGUAUAAGUCCAGAAGCAGUAAAGAGUAAUGAAUGUCUUCAGUCAGAUUCUAAUUCAGUUGUAAAUGCAGAUUUGCCAGAAAAUGAACUUAAGGAAAAGGUGUUGAUCUAUGAAUCAGGUACUUGUACAAAUGUUGAUUUGAAAACUGAGACCAAUAGUAAAAUAGCUGUCUCUGAAAAGCAAGAAAAUGCAAAUGGAAUUUCAGAUGAUAAAUCAAAUGAUAAUAAGAAUAUAAAUGAGGUUUGUACUGAGCAAAUUGUUGAGAAAGGCAAAGUUGUAUGUUUUGCUCAAGAAUCCAAUGGUAGUGAAAACUCUAGAAAAAGUGACGAGGAAGUAAAGAAAGCCAGAAGAAGAUCUGGCAUUCCAAUGGGAUUCUUGUCAAAACCUUGCAGCAAACCUCCUGCAAAGGAAUCUUUUCCAGGAGAACAUUCUAAAAAUCAAAAUAGUGGAGAUCAAAAUGUUAAUAUCAGUAAAGAAAAUUCCACCAAAUCUGCCUCAUCUAAAUUGGAUUCUAUGAGAAAAUCUUUUGGCAUACCAUCUCAAUUUCCUGCAAGUGAUAAGAGAUUAUCAUUUGUUUGUCCAAAACCUGUCUCUGCUACUGAAUCCUCAAUGAGUCGAUCUAAGUUGGUAAGAAGUCAAUCUCACAAAAACCUUCGAAGUUCUGCAUCUAUUACAUCAGACAAAACUUGUUCCGCACCAUCCACAAAACCAGGAGAAACCAAAGCUCUGCCUGAUUUGAAAAAAGGAGUCACAGCACAAACCUUGAGUAGGUCCACAAAAGCUGCCUAUUCAUCUAUAUCUGAGAGAUCAUCUACUGGUAUUGCUGAGGUGAAAACCAAGAAAGCUAUGACCAGAACUAUCAAAUCAAAACCACAAGCCAAACCUGAGGAGACCAAGAUUUCUCCUGAACCAACUAGAGUACGAAAGACUAGAGGAACAAAGAAACCAGAAGCUAUUCCCCCUACAUCCAUAGCAAAGGCAGAUGAAGAAAUCGUUAAGAAGCCAGCAACAAGAAUAAAAAAAAUACCUUCCCGAAAAAAUAUAAGAAAUGCAAGCACCAGCUCUGUUCCUUCUCCAACUGUGAGUGCCACACAUAGUCAAGAUUCCAAAGAAACCAAUAAAGUGGAACUGUCAAAUCCGAGAAAACGACAAAAGUGUGAUAAGCAGAAUGAGUCUGUGCCUACUAAGUCACUACCACCUACUGAUGAAUUAAAUCAACUGAGUUUUGGUGAUGAAGCUCAGCAAUCUUUUUGUCAAACUUCUCCAGGACCAGAAGAAAUGGAAAUCGAUCAACCAUCAUCCAAUAAGCCUAUUGAAAACAGUGGAGCAAAUUUUAUUUCUAAUCAGAAUCAGUAUAGAGAUGUUGAGGAAAUUAAAGAUGAAGAAGAGAAUAAAACUUCAGCUGCAGCUGCCAGUAAAAAAACAAAGAGAUUAUCUUUUAUACCUUCAUUUAAAGGUAUUACAUCUGCUAUUAGCUCUAAAAUAAACAAAAAGCCAACUGAUGUUCAAGAAGCCACCAAUAAUAUGGAUAACUUAAAACUCAGUUCACCAGUGAAAGGGAAAUUAGUAAGAAAGCCACGACAAGCAAAGGAUGGAGCAACUAGUGCAAAUCUGGAAGAGGCAGCUCCAAAGAAAAGGGGGAGAAAGAAGAAGGUUGUAGACGAAGAAAAGGAAAAUGAGAAUGUUACAGAUGUUCCAGAAAAUAUUCAGCUUCCACGGCACCAAACAUCAGCAAGAUCAUUGUUGGCAGAACAAAUCCAAAAUGUUGAAUCUGAACUGGAAAUGUUAACAACAUCAGAGGAAACUACUAAAAAAACUGAGUCAAAAAUUUCCAAACUGGAAUCCAAACUUGGGAAAUUGAAAAUCAAGCAAGAAUCAUCAAAAUCAAAAGUUUGUACACGGUCUUUGAGAUCAACCAGAUUAAAAGAACAAUGA